CCCGGAAGAGGAAAGGUGCUCAGGGGUUGGGAAAAUGGCUGCCUUGCUGCGGUUGCUAGGCGAUGUUGCGCUGAGGGGUUUCUCGCGAGGAGUCGGGGCCAAGGGACAGCUCCCGUACCAUGUGGACGGAAGGACGUUCUUUGCAUGUGCCCGCUUUAAAGCGCCUUCUGGCCUGUUACACCAACAGAAAGAGAUUCGCCAGAGGCCUCGCUCAUCCGGGGGUUCCACAGCUGCUGCCUCCCAAUCCGGAGAGGACACCGCACUCAAGUGGGGCCUGCUCCUCAUCCCCGUGGCCACCUUUUGCCUUGGCACCUGGCAGAUUCAGCGGCGGAAAUGGAAGCUGAAGCUGAUUGCUGACUUGGAAGCCAGGGUGGCGACGGAGCCAAUGCCACUGCCGGUAGACUUCCUGACCCUGAAGGAGUUGGAGUACAGAUCAGUCAAGGUCCGGGGGUAUUUUGACCACACCAAGGAGCUGUACGUGCUCCCCCGUUCCCGAGUAAAUCCGGAAAAAGAAUCCAGGAAUGCCGGCCAGCUGAUGUCCAGCCCAGAGACUGGAGCCAAUGUCAUCACACCCUUCUACUGCACAGACCUUGGGAUCACAAUUCUCGUCAACAGAGGGUUUGUCUCCAGAAAGAAACUUAAUCCAGAGACCAGGCUGAAAGGCCAGAUCCAAGAGGAAAUUGAACUCACAGGGGUGGUGAGGCUGGGAGAAACUCGCAAGCCCUUCGUGCCGGAGAACAACAUUGAAAAGAACCGUUGGCAUUACCGGGACGUGGAUGCCAUGGCGAGAGUGACAGGAGCUGAACCCAUUUUUCUUGAUGCAGACUUCAAAAGCACAGCUCCAGGGGGGCCAAUCGGAGGCCAGACAAGGGUGACCUUACGAAACGAGCACAUGCAAUAUAUCAUCACCUGGUAUGGUUUGUGCGCAGCUACCUCCUACCUGUGGUACAAGAAAUUCAUUCAGAAGGUACACCUCUAAGCGUUAAGAGCUCCUCAAAGCGCUUCCACAAUCAGCAGUCCUUUCCACAAAGGAGUUGAUUGUCUCAAAGGAAUGGGCCUUCGAUUCCUUGCUGCACUUCAGUUACUGGAGCAGGAGGAUUCAAACAAGAAAGUCUCUUGCGCUCUGCUGAAAUCAGCUGCUCUUUAAACAAACUGGUAUUUUGGAUACCAGUGGAGCCGCUGGGAAGUGGCAUCACAAGCUAGCAUCUAAUAUAAUAGGGCUGCAAUUCUAACCCCAGCAACCUGGGAGUAAGCCCCAUUUAAUUCAGUAGGACUCCCUUCCGGGCAGACAAGGUUAGGAUUGCAUAGAUAAGGAUGGCAAUCUGAGACCUUACGGGAGAAGAAAACCUUUCAAAUCAAUGCUUAGUAAGGAGUGUGUUUUAUGUUAUGUAUUCAGAAAUGCAUGAAGGAAAUCUGAAGGUGGAAGGACGUAAGACUGGGUGUGGAUCGAUCAGAAUGUUUGUGAUGCAACAUGAAAUAAGUUUUUUGAAAUGUUCAGUAAUGUGGUAGUAAAUAAAUCAUGGCACAUUUGCA